AUGGCGGACUACGAUCCUGAGCUGCGAGCGCGGCUCCAGGAGCUGGACCGCGAGUUGGAGGAGGGCGACAUUACCGAGAAGGGAUAUCAGAAACGGCGGACUAUGUUAUUAUCGCAGUUUGCUCACCACCCGACAACACCCGCCCCAGCUCCUCCGCAGUCUCGCUCUGGAUUGAGCAUUCACUCCCCCGAGACCUCGACACAUCCUUCAAGCGAUCCCCGCCGAGCAUCCGUAAUGACCUCCAUGACCUCCGUUAGCGGCGGAGGAGGCUAUGGAGGCGGCUACGGUGCUGGAGGUGGCUACCACGACCAAACUGGCAACUAUGGCGAUCAUACACAGCGCCCCGACUCAAGCUACGCUGCUCCGCCGAGAUCUUCA